UCGCCGCCGGGGACUCGACCGCGCAGCCGGAGUCGCGGGGAGCGUUUCUCCCGGUGGGAGAUGGGUUGAGAUGACUGCGCCCCGGGGCACGGCCGGAGCCGCGCGGCCGCCGCGACCACGAUGCCGCUGCCGAGCACCAGCAACCUGCGAAGGGAGGCGGCUUCCGCCCAGGCCGGGCUGCUGCAGUGUCUGAGCCGCCAGGACACGCGCCUCAGACCGGGGAGCAUCCCUGUCCCUGGGGCCGAAACGCCUGCCUCUCAGCCUGCCUCCUCCCUCCCGCCUUCGGGCCAAACUGCCCCGGUAGUUGACCUGCGGGUGGAGUCGUUCUUCGCGCGCCAGCGCGGGGAGACAUGCCCGAAUUGGGGGGCACUGUGACCCUCAGCCUCCCGCUUUGCCCAGGGAAGCAGGCUUGCUGAAGCCGGAGCCAGGAGGGGGACCAUGGGAGGGACGCAAGUCAAAUGCCUGGCUUCACCCAGUCCUAUUCACAGUGCAAAGAGUGAAUCCAUUAUAACCCAGUCGGAAGAAAAGGCAGAUUUUGUGAUUAUUCCUGCCCAAGGAAUAGAGAACAGAACAGAGGAGACAGACUCUCCAUUAUCCCGAGACUGGCGACCAGGGAGCCCCGGAACCUAUCUGGAGACUUCAUGGGAAGAACAGCUGUUAGAACAACAAGAACAUUUAGAAAAGGAAAUGGAGGAAGCCAAGAAAAUGAUAUCAGGAUUGCAGGCCUUACUGCUCAAUGGCUCCUUACCAGAGGAUGAACAGGAGAGGCCCCUGGCCCUCUGUGAACCAGGAGUCAACCCUGAGGAACAGUUGAUUAUAAUCCAAAGUCGUCUGGAUCAGAGUAUGGAGGAAAACCAGGACUUAAAGAAGGAGCUGCUGAAAUGUAAACAAGAAACCAGAAACUUACAGGGGAUAAAGGAUGCCUUGCAGCAGAGGUUGACUCAGCAGGAUACAUCUGUUCUUCAGCUCAAACAAGAGCUACUGAGAGCGAAUAUGGACCGAGAUGAGCUGCACAGCCAAAAUGUGGAUUUGCAAAGAAAGCUAGAUGAGAGGAACCGGCUCUUGGGAGAAUAUAAAAAAGAGCUGGGGCAGAAGGAGCGCCUCCUGCAGCAGCACCAGGCCAAGUUGGAGGAGGCUCUGAGGAAGCUCUCUGAAGCCAGUUACCAGCAGGUGGAUCUAGAGCGGGAACUCGAACACAAAGAUGUCCUUUUGGCUCAUUGCAUGAAGAGAGAGCCAGAUGAGGUGACCAACUGCAACAGUCACAACUCUCAAAGCAACGGCUUUCUCCUCCCAGUGGCAGGGAAAGGAGCUGCCUCCAUCAUCCACAGAGGGACCAGUGACCUGCAGCUGGUUCGAGAUGCCCUCCGCAGCCUACGCAACAGCUUCAGCGGCCACGACCCCCAGCACCACACCAUAGACAGCCUGGAGCAGGGGAUCUCCAGCCUCAUGGAGCGCCUGCAUGUCAUGGAGACCCAGAAGAAGCAGGACAGGAGGGUUCGGGGCAAGUCACCCAGGACACAAGCAGGCAAUGACUACUGGGAGUCCUGGCCCCCCAAUUCAAAGUUGCCUCACUCCCAGAGCUCUCCAGCCAUCAGCAGCGCCUGCACUAAAGUGCUGUAUUUUACUGACCGGUCACUUACGCCCUUCAUGGUCAAUAUACCAAAGAGGUUGGGGGAGGUGACACUGAAGGAUUUUAAAGCAGCUAUUGACCGGGAAGGGAAUCACCGGUAUCACUUCAAAGCGCUGGAUCCGGAGUUUGGCACUGUCAAAGAAGAGGUUUUCCAUGAUGAUGAUGCCAUCCCUGGAUGGGAAGGGAAAAUUGUAGCCUGGGUAGAAGAAGACCAUGGAGAGAAUUAAUGCUGAGUUUUAGGUGGGGAGUUGGCUCUCCCUGGCUGCUUCACUCAGGAAAGAGGACUAAACCCAGAAAACACUAAGAAGUUUCUAGUUCGUGCUGCCAAAACAGAAGCUUCUUCAAGUGUGACAGCCAUAGGCCAGUUCUGUUACUGGGCCUGGCUUACAUGGUACUUGAAAUCCCCGGCUUCGUGUAGACCAUGGUUUCAUCUGGAAUUCCUUGUCCAUGGGAAUGUGGAGUUUUAUUCUCCUCUGAGGACAACAAACCGGAGGCCUUAACCCGUGGGGAUGGAUGCUCCCGCUCCGGUUGGGGCGUGGCUGCUGGUAUCCAGACACUGGGAACUGGAUGCAUCACUCUGGUGUGUUACAGUAUUGUUUCACUUGGCCUCGAUGGUUGCAGCAAUCACAGUCCCAGCAUUUGUACUCCCAAACAAGGCAAAGGUACCAACUUUUCUGCUUCUUUGCAGCUACUACAGACCAAGAGUUAACUCAUGAAGUGGUACCAAAGAUGAAGCCCACUUUUCAGUUUCUUUUCAUGGAUGGAAAAAGGGCUGGCCAUAUUGUGCUAUACCAUGCUAACACAUAACUAAGACAGACCUUGGGCUGCCUCUUGCGUGUUACCUGCUCCUGCAGCUUGUCCUUCAGCCCACAGAGGGCCCAUUUCAUGUACUGCUAGUUUUCUCUGGGGACUCUUAACUUUAGAGCCUUUUUUUUUUCCCCUCCAUUCCAACUGAUGAACUUUGUGUUUGAAAGAAAUAAGGAGUGAAAGACUCCUAAAAAUCCAGGCGGGUAUGAAAAGGUGCUGCUACCCAUAUCUUCUUGACUUUCUUCCUCUUACGACUUUCUUUAGCUCAUGGCAUCUCCUUUACAGUCAAAAGGAGAUAGGCCAUUAAUUUCAGUAUUUGUGAUUUAUGUUUCUUGAGCAUGAGUUACUGGUCUGUGCCUCCUCAUUUCAAGACCAGAAUUAUUUUUUAUUAUAUAUUUAGGCCAAUUCUUUAGGGCACAAUAGAAACCAUGGGGCAUGGAGCAUGGGUUGUGAAUGGCAGGGUUGAUUCUGGGUAAAAAAUCCCUAGAAUCCUUUCUCAUGUGCAACAUUGUCAAGUGUAGAAGCUAAAAGAAAAGUUAAACUUCCAGAGAUUAUGAAAUAACUUGGGUUUUCUCAUUCAUUUGCCAAGUACCAUCAACCAAUCAGCAAUUUCAUAUGUGUCUGUAUAUAUGGACAUAUUUAUAUGUCUAUAUAUCCAAAAGCAGUCUGCCUGUGACCACCGACGUACACUGCCAACCAGAAGAGGCAAACAGUCAAUCCGGGGUUCUUGACCUGUCUGUCUCUAGUUCAUCUCCCCUGUCCAGCCAUUUCAGCAGACUACUGGCGCUGACAUUGUAUUGUUUUAUAUAGAUGUGUCUUUCUAAAAUAGUUCAUGUUUGGGAAAUUCUUUUGUACUCAUUUGCUUUUCAUCUGAGAAUCACGUCUAUUUUUAUAACUUGAGUGUGAGUCCCGUAUAUUCUCACAUUCUGUGUACCGUAUCCACUUUCUAGGGAACCCAGUAGCUUUUAUACAGGCUCUUCUUACCAGCCCUUGUGGUUUCAGAACAAGCUUUAUUUUAUUACAAGUAUAUUAAUGACAACUAACUCCUGUUCCAGUUCUACCUGCUAUUUUUGUUGUGGAGGUAGUUUUACAUAUCUAUUUGAUUGCGCCUCUAACAGAGAGAAGGAGCUUAAGACACCUGAUGUCUUCCAUGUAAGCUUACUUGGUCUUCUCCUGUUGAAGAAUUUCAGAAAAGACUAGGAAAGUUGUCAAUUGCAGGAAUAAUUCAUUAUGAAAGCAAAGAGAACAACAACAACAAUGUAUUCUGUUUUUUCUGCAGUAAGUCCAGAGAAAAAGUCUUCAUGUCUCUGUUGCAUGAAUUUUAAUGUUUUACUAUAAACCAGCAUGAGGGUUAUCAGGCCAAAAUCUGUUAUUGUAUUUCCCAUAUAGUUUAUCUUGAAUGUCUGCCUCUUAAAUGAGUUUUUCCUUGUCUGUUUUCUUUCAGCCAACAGUUUUGUGAUUAUGUAGAACUUAAAGUUUUUGGAGAAAGUUAAAUCGAAAAAAUGUCAAAGUUCUCAAUCUCAUUUAACUCUAUGUCCUUUUCAAAAGCUGCUGCAUGGCCUCAGUGCCUCCCAAAAAGACUGAAGUUGAGUUCAGGGGGGAAAAUGAGAUCACCCCCCCCCCCCACCUUAGUUCAUUAAUCUCAAAUGCCAUGGGUAAUGACUAAAUAUCCCUUACAGUAUGUCACUCCAGUAAUUCUUGUGUAAAAUGUGUUGGUAAUCCUUUUUCCAGUUUCUAGACACAGGAACUUGCUGAGGAGUGUGCACUGAUUCAUUAUGGUUUCCUGUUUGCUGCCCUGUGGCUAUAUGCCACACUUGGCCUCUCACUGAUUUGGAUUCUUGUCCCCUAUUUGUGUCAAACGGUCCAUCAAGAACUACUGCUGAAAUUUUCUUUUCCUUAAGCAAACUGAGAAAUUAGAAUGUUUAUAUAGAGCUCAUAAUCUCUGAAUGGUUAGAUUAAAAAGAACCUGACGCUCUUAUGAAACCUAGUCUGAUAGAAAGCGCAGUUCCUUUAAAAGUCUUUAAAAACUGAAGACUGUUCUCCACUGUUUCCUAAAUUAGCUGGAAUCAGAACACUUUACAACUUGUACCUAAAUUAUUUGGGUUAAACUUACUUGGUAAUAGCAAUCCUACUUACUGAGCAGCUUGCCAGCUUUUUGACCAGGAUGGUUGUAAAUUGGGGAAAGUAUCUUUAUGCUCUCCAUCUAAUCCAGAGGACUCUACUUAAAAACAUGUAGGUCAUACUUAUAAUUAUUUUGUUUCACAAAACAAGCAUUAUGAUUGCACACUCCUCCUAUUGUCUGAAUUUAUGUAAGAGGUAUAGCUCGCUUAAAAUACAUAUAUAUGUAAAGUUAUAUUUUCUUAGAAACAUGGAUGUUUGCAACAGUUGUUUUCAGAAAUUAUUAAUUACCAUGUAUUCCCCGUUUUACAAUGCUUUCAUGAAGAUUGUGUUAUACCAGAGACUUCUGAUUAUCAAAGUGAUAACCAGUUUUAACUGCCUGUAUGUACCAGAUUUAUGAACUAAUUAAAAAAGAAAAAGCAGAACUAUGAAUAAAAUAGGGUUUGCAAACCGAG